AUGGGAGAAGGCCAGCAGGCUGCGAAGAUAAGGUCUGGGGCAAGCAGUCGGCAUGAACAUGAGGCCAACACAUUGCAUUCCCGGGUGCGAGCACGUGGACGCCUAGGCUCUGAGCCCCGUGUGCUGGGCGGUCCGUUUACCCUCCUUUCGCCUCGCACCUUCGGCCGCCUCCGGGCAACCUCAGCCCCGGCCAACAUUUGGCGCCGCCGCCGCCGCCCCCACUCGCGGCCUGUGGCUCUGGGCUCCCGGCGAUCCGGCUGCGAAGCGUUGCCGGCGUCCUCCAGGCGGGCCCGGGAGGCGGCGCGGCCUAGGGAGGCGGGGACCCGGCGGGCCGCAGGCGCUCGGCUUCCGGCUCCCGCUGUGCGGACCGGCGCGGCGGCCUGA